GGGAGAGGCAGAGCGAGACGGGCAGAAAGGGAACCCCGUCUACCUCCGUAUUAAAAUAAAUAAUUUAAUUAAAAAUUUAAAAGGGAAAAAUCCGCACAGUCGGAGCAUCGUCGCCAUCGCUGCCGCAGGCUGGCUGCCUGGCCAUGCCAAGGACACGGCGAUGUAUUACUACUUUAGUCGGCCCAAAAUGAGUGCCAGCGCAGCCGGGGCAGCGGGGGUGGGUGCUGGCGGGGCCGGGCGUCUGCAGAAUGGCAGCCGCUGCGCGGGGGGAGGCAGCUGCGGAGAGCCGAUGAACGGGGACGGGGGGUACAGCGCCGUGGCCACCGCUACUACCACCACCUCUACGGAAUGCUGUGACCAGGAGAGUCGCGUGGCAGAGGCCCAGCCGAACAGCGAUUGGGACAAAGCCGCUGCUCCCUGCAUCACCACUGCAGAGCCGGGCUCCGGGAAGCAGAAAAAGAAUAACACCGCCACCGCCAGCUUCUUUGUGAACGGCAACACGGACAGCAUUAUCACACGCGAGCGACCGGGUGCGUGUGGGCAGUAUGGGGAUUCUGGUGGGCUCGGUUGUGAUGCGGUCGGCAGACAAUGCGAUAGACCCGGAGAAGAUAACGGCAUUAAUAUUGAUCACGAACCAGAAGGCUCGAGGCACGGGGGCGAGCGUCGGUGUUUUAUGGACUCUGCGUCUUCGAAAGGCGAGCGCAGAGCGAGCAAACCGCAAGCCCCGGUCACCGGGAGGAGGAACUUUAAAGGGCAGACUCAGACCGAGGGGGCUGUUUCAAUGACUGCCGCCGCAAGGUGUGGUCAUCAAAACGCAGAAUCGGCGAACAGUAAACGCCGGGGAUGCAGUUACACUCUUGCUUCCAAACGAGUGUGCUACGCAGGCACGACCAGCGUUGCGGACUGCGGCAGCUUAGACACGGGGAGUGGAAUACACCAGGAUUCCGGUGGCACGCUACUGAACCUCACUGAGAGUCACAGCAGCGUAUCUGAAAACGAUAACGGCAGUCAAAGCCUCGGAUCGAGUCAAGGGGAUGAGGGUGUUUGUGAACAGCAUCAGGUCAGGCGCACGAGCGCAGCUGGGUCUCAUAAGUCCAAUUCCACAGUGUGUCCGCAUGUGGCAGGUGACGCUAGUAAUGUAAACAGCAUCGACAUGGCACCUUGCCGCACGUCCAAAGGACGCGUGCGAUUGUACCGUGUGCGCUCGUUCCUGGCCAGUACUUCGGGAUAUCACAACGGCCACGGUGAGAAUGGACGCUGCAAUUUAAACGGCAGUAGGUCCUCACCACCCCCGCAAGGCACAGCCCUACCCAACAAGCACAGUCGACCAGCGGCUGGUACACACAGCGAGCAGAGAGGGAACGGUGGUUCACAUGAUAGAGCAAGCUCUUCUCAAGAGGCAGUGCUCCUCUGCGUCUCAGAUGCGGACGAGUCAGGUGCUGAGGCUGAAGGCACUCUGGUGAAGCUGGACACCCAGGUGGAGCAAGCCUCAGGUGAGGCGUCCCGGCGCCAGGCAGAGCUGGAGGAGCGUUCGGAGCGCGUGCUGCGCCGCUUACAGGCCGUGCAGGUGAAGCAGGUGGAGAGGCACGUGAGCCAGCAGCUGCAGGGCCUGAGGAGGGCGUCGCGGGGAUCCGGUGACCGGAAGCCUGCGGUGCUGUCCCACAGGGAGCUCAGUCGGAUGGCGCACAACUGCAGUGAGGUGCUCUGCGCGGCAGGGGGCGCUCUGGAUUCGGACCACACGGCCAGCAGUUCCGGAGGAAGCAGCGACAGUGAGGAGGAGGAGGAGGAGGUGGAGGAGGUGGAGGGAGCGGUGAGGAGAAGAGGGACGCUCUUGCGCUCUGCUAAAGCAGUACGGCGGGAAAAAGAGAUGCAGUGGGCACAGGAGAGGGCGUGGCUAGGCAGCAGGUGGGUGUGGCUGCAGGCCCAGGUGUCUGAGCUGGAGUACAGAAUAAGGGCGCUGACGGAACUCUACACACACCUCCGCCAGGGCAAGGUGCGCACAGUUCCUGACACACCUCUCAGAGUCCCAAGACCUCCCCCAUCACAAAACAGCGCCACCUGCAGGUCCUCCUCUGCCGGUGAAACACUCAGGAAGAACAAGGCUGAAGACGCUACGCCCCCUCCCCUCCCCCCGCCUACAGCCUCUGCCGCUCGUGUCGGUCCGUUGCCACGACUACGGCGGCACAAGCUCCUCCGCCUGGAGGCAUCUCCGGCCCUGGGGUCAAAGGCGGUGUCAUUGCCGUGCACAUGUGAGCCUUCGGUAGUGUGUGUGUUGUGUGGUGGUGGACCACCGCGGCCUCCACAUGACCAACGCGAGUGUGUGAAGCAGCGACGUUCACGGCUGGACCUGUGUGUCCAUCCUGUUCUUACUCUCCCUUCAGACAUUCCUUUAGUGGUUCAGUGUGGGACAUCUCCGCUGGUCGGUGUUUCCCAGAAUGCACUGCGCCGGCCAGGUUUGUCGGCCCCUCCCCCUGGGUUGAGUAGGCGGGGUCAGGGAAGUCAGAGGACGGGGCGUGUGAGGAGGAGACUAGUGUGUCCCCGCCCACCCACUACGUUACCCCCACUGCAGCACAGUACAGGUGGAAUCAGUGGCAGGAACCACAGAGGUGUGUUCAGUCCUGGACUGCUGACUCAGCGAAUCACAAAUCUCCCACCCCUGUCUGUCCUGCCCCCAGCUCCAGGUACAGUCAGUCAGCCCUUGCGCAGGCGUCGAGGGGAAAGCUCUUUUGACAUCGAUAACCUGGUGAUGCCCAUGGGUCUGACGGGACUCGGAGCACGAGUGCAGAAACUCCAGUACAAGGAGAUCAUUACUCCCAGCUGGAGGGAAGUAGGUGAUGAGAGUGAAGUGUCACCCCCUGCCCUUCUGGACUACACACAUAUACACCAGCUGAAAGAGCUUCAGGGAGAGCCAGAACCAGAGGAGUUUGAGGAAGACCCGACUGAUGGAGUGUUCCUCAGUCGUCACGCUCUGUGUGAAGGCAGAGAACGGGGUCGCUGGCGCAACUCGGCACAUAGACGACGCCGUGGCAGGUCCUCCUCGUUCCACGGGGAGGGCAGGUGGGGCUCCAGGCUUCUGGAGGGGUCGCCGGCGUCUCCGGACCCCAGACAGGGAUACCCAGCGGAGGGGGAGAGCUCUCCGGUCAGCCCCCCUCCAUCCACAGACCCAGAGGAAGCCAGCUUCCUCCAGCCCGAAGAGGAACAGCAGGUGAGAUUGCCAUGGGAACGCCGGACGUUCCCGCUGUUGGAGGCGGAGCUUGCAGCGUUGCAGGAAGAGGAAGAGGAGGAGGACCCUUGUGGAGGCAGCAGCCGCAGCCAGAGCACCGAUUCGGGCAUCUCUCUGGGCAGCCUGGAACUCUCCCCGAGGACCCCUCAGCCAGCAACACCCCUCCCGGCAACGCUCAUCACGGCAACCAGCUCAACUCAGGACUCUCCAUGCCCCCCGCGCUCACCGCUGUCCGCUGCCUUCCCCCCUCGCCCCCCUCCCUCUCCCCCAGCCCUGCUCCCUCAGUGAGAACACAGCCCAGCCCAGUCCAGAUCGAACGCAGCCUCAUCCAGACUCUCUCCACACACACACACACACACACACACACACACACACACACACACACACACACACACACACACAACCACGACCGGGCCACAGUCCGGUGUAGUCCGAGAGUCGGACCUAAAUGCCCACAGCUCCUCACUACCGUUUUGACCCCCUACCUCACUUCUGUCUUCACACCCUCACACACACCAUAAAAACACCCGAUUCCGACACGCCAGAUCCACGCCAGAUCCACGCCAGAUCCACGCCAGAUCCACGCCAGAUCAGGGUCAGAUUGGCUCCACCAUAAGCCGCCGUUUACACCUUACCCGUACACACUAUGCCCAGUAGCAUUCGUUCGCACUCUAACCUGAAACCACACACAAACACACACAGCAUUACACACUGUCCACCCUUGCCUUACAUGAUGUAACCAACAGCAGCCACUGUUACCCUUCUCAUCAUGGUCAACAGAGACCAUGCCCUUGCGCACCCUCCCAUCGCCCAGGGACCUGUCCUCACACAGCACACAGAGCCCAUUUAGACCUGGAUAGGAGACAGGAUGGCACACACCCCUAUGCCACAGCACCCAGUGCCCAUUUAGACCUGGAUAGGAGACAGGAUGGCACACACCCCUAUGCCACAGCACCCAUUUAGACCUGGAUAGGAGACAGGAUGGCACACACCCCUGUGCCACAGCACCCAGAGCCCAUUUAGACCUGGAUAGGAUACAGGAUGGCACACACCCCUAUACCCUGCUCUGGCAGACUACACAAAACAGCAGGGUAGACUCGCAUCCUCCUACAUUGCACACUUAAUGCAAAACCCAUUUGUAAACUUUAACACCAACCUUUCAGAUCUCACACAUUACACCUACUUGUACCCCUGCAUCCUGACUACAUUACCCAUAACCCACUGCACCCCAGCACCUUAAAUUUGUACACUGCAAUACCCCUGCUGAUCUCUGUACCCCAUGCCCAUGUUUCCUCCUUAGAAAUUACAUUCUAUUUCUCUGGUCAUCAUUUCUUCUAGGACUGCCCCCCCCCCCCCCCCCCCCCCUCCAUGUUCUUCUCUGACCGCCGACUCUGAUGCGGAUCUGGAUUUCAUCCGAUCCGGAACAAGUCCUGAACCAAUCCAGUUUCGGCUGUUAUCUGGGUCUCUGCCUGGCUGCAGCUGGUCUCUGGUCGCCAGUCCUCCCCCCCCAUCUCCCAGUCAUCUCGUCAGUGUCUCAGUCGAGACGGACACAUACGUUGACUUAUUGAUCAUGAAUCACUUUUCAGUUUCUGAUUGAUUUUCGUUUUCAUUUGGGGCCUGUCCAAACAUUGGGUAUGUUUUUGUGUGUUUGUUUUGGUCUACUUCUCUGUCCAUUUUGUCUUCUUGGCUUUGAAUGACUCAGACGACAUCGCCGCUCGUGAGUUUGCCACCCGCCGUUUAAGCCAAUGGCAUGUCUCAGAAUAGUGACUACACCAUCGCUCGUGAGUGUUCCACCUGCUGAUUAAGCCAAUGGCAUGUCUCAGAGAUGAGAUCCGGUUGAGAUCCGGCAUGCAUCCAAGACUUGGGCGGUAGCCACUCCAGACUUUGCUGUUAUCUGCAUUACAUCAGAACAUCCACGUCUAGCACUCCCAUGAACGGACUUCAUGCACGUCUGCCGUGUGUGUGUGUGUGUGUGUGUGUGUGUGUGUGUGUGUGUGUGUGUGUGUGUGUGUGUGUGUGUGUGUCUGGACAGGUCCUUUGCACUGCUGACUGACCGAUGUUGUGGUAUAUACAAAUGUCUCUUUUGUAGAAAAAAAUACACACAAAAGAACAUAAUGACUUAAAAAAAAAAAAAAAGAAAAAGCGCACAAUGCUCUCAAUGCAAAGACUUAAUAAAAGAGAAGUAAAAAGAAAACCGUUAUCUUGGCAUCUGUGUUGUUUUGUCAUGUGGUGAAAUAGUCAGCAAUAAGCCUCAGGCCAACAGGAAAUGGUUAGAUCUAACUUCCUGUGAUGUAGCACAACCAGUCUCAUUAGGACCACACACACUGUGCUGCAUUAUGAGUUUCGACAUCACAUCUCAUAAACCACCAGGACUUGAAGGAUGUACGUGUGCACACACACACACAAAGACACCAAUAUACACACACACACACAUACAUAAACAUCUCAUAAACCACCAGGGUGACG